UCAAAACGAAAAACGGCAUGUCGAUGACAGGUUGCCAGGAGGGGAUGGCGAUGGGAGACGCGGAAAAAACACCUUUGGCUAAGGCUGAGGAUAUGGUGACUAAAUUGUAUGAGUUCAGAGAUUUGUAUUAUGACAAAUUUGGCCUGGACCGAGCAAGACUUAAAAAUGAAGAUGUCAAGUCAAGGAUGAGUGAAACUGUAGAAGCACUAGAUGUAUUGCAAGGUCAGAUAAGUAACAAGGCUAUUUUCCACAUGUUGAAGGGAAAGGCUUUGAAUGUCUUGCCAGCCUAUGAUGGUAAAGCGCAGGAAGCCUUGUCAAAAGCUGUGAAAUUAGACCCAAAGUUAGUUGAGGCCUGGAACAACCUUGGGGAGUGUUAUUGGAAAUGUGAAGACAUUGUGGCUGCCAAGAACUGCUUUACUGGAGCUCUGAAUUAUUCCAAAAACAAGGUGUCAUUACGUAACCUGUCAAUGGUGCUACGUCAGCUGAGUGGAUCCCCCACAGAGAGAGCUAAGCUGAUAGAGGAGAGUGUGGAGAAAGCUAAAGAGGCCGUACAGCUGGAUAUCAAAGAUGGGUCAUCAUGGGUUAUAUUGGGGAAUGCUCACCUGUCUAUGUUCUUUGCUGGAGGUCAGCAUCCCAAGUCUCUGAAACAGGCCCUCAGUGCUUAUGCACAAGCUGAAAAAGACCCAAUAUCUAGAAAUAACCCAGACCUUCAUUAUAACAGAUCUGUGAUGUACAAAUACCAGGAGGAAUAUCAGUUAGCCCUGGAAGGGUUUGCCAGAGCAGGCGCCCUCGACCCCAGCUGGCCAGAACCAGGCAACAUGGUAAAACAAGUGUUAGCCUACCUGCAGCAGGUGUCUGAUUUAAUCUCUACCAAGGGUAAAAUGAAGGCAAAGCGCCUACAGAGCCUAUGUCAGUCUAUAAGUGAAAGUGACCUGGGGCCAUAUGGUGGGGGCAGCUACACUAGCCCCAAGGGGAAGACCAUCAAACUGACCAAAGUACUGUUCUCCUCCCUACAGCCAGAGCUCAAUGCUGAGAAGGUUGUUGUUGGGAAAGUGGUCUGUACUGUAGCCUCAGAGGAUGUGGUGCCAUUCACUUUCUGUAUGGCAGAUGAGGCCGAGAUGUGCUUGUAUGUGUCAGUAUACAACAUGAUUCCUGGCUUUGGGGUGAAGAUCGGAGACUCAGUGGCUAUCCCAGAACCUUUCCUACAGGUUGUUUCUGUUCACCACAAAGACAAGGGGUUUCACUUCCAUGGCAUAAGAGUGGACUCUCCCGUUGUGUUGGUGAUAAAUGGCCUGAAGCAAGGACUGGACAAACAAGCCCCUAUGGUACUGGCUGUCAGUGCAGUCAGUGACUGAGGGAGUAGCAGUGUUCUGGUACCAUCAGUCACUAAAGGCAUAGCAGUGUUCUGGUAUCAUUGGUGACUAAGGGAGUAGGAGUGUUCUGGUGCCAUUGGUGACUGAAGGAGUAGGAGUGUUCUGGUGCCAUCAGUGACUGCAGGAGCAGCAGUGUUCUAAUUCCAUCAGUGGCCUAAGGAGUAGCAGUGUUCUGGUGCCAUCAGUGACUGCAGGAGCAGCAGUGUUCUAAUUCCAUCAGUGGCCUAAGGAGUAGCAGUGUUCUGGUGCCAUCAGUGACUGCAGGAGCAGCAGUGUUCUAAUUCCAUCAGUGGCCGAAGGAGUAGCAGUGUUCUGGUGCCAUCGGUGACUGCAGGAGCAGCAGUGUUCUAAUUCCAUCAGUGGCCAAAGGAGUAGCAGUGUUCUGGUGCCGUCAGUGACUGAAGAAGCAGCAUUGUUCUGGUACAUCAGUUACUGAAGGAAUAGCUGUUUUCUGGGGCCAUCUGUGACUCAAGGAGUAGCAGUGUUCUAGUUCCAUCAGUGACUGAAGGAGCAGUAGUGUUCUGAUACCAUAGGUCAGUGAUGGAGCAGCAGUGUUCUGGUACCAUCAGUUACUGAAGGAAUAGCUGUUUUCUGGGGCCAUCGGUGACUCAAGGAGUAGCAGUGUUCUGGUGCCAUCAGUGACUGAAGAAGCAGCAGUGUUCUGAUACCAUAGGUCACUGAUGGAGCAGCAGUGUUCUGGUACCAUAGGUCACUGAUGGAGCAGCAGUGUUCUGGUACCAUCAGUGGCUGAAAGAACAGCAAUAUUCUAGCACCAUCAGUCACUGAUGGACCAGCAGUGUUCUGGUACCUUCAGUGGCUGAAAGAACAGCAAUAUUCUAGCACCAUCAGUCACUGAUGGAGCAGCAGUGUUCUGGUACCAUCAGUGGCUGAAAGAACAGCAAUAUUCUAGCACCAUCAGUCACUGAUGGACCAGCAGUGUUCUGGUACCUUCAGUGGCUGAAAGAACAGCAAUAUUCUAGCACCAUCAGUCACUGAUGGAGCAGCAGUGCUCUGGUACCGUAGAUCACUGACGGAGAAGAAAUGUCCUGGUACCAUCAGGGGAUUCAGGAAUAACAAUGUGCGAAGCAUGGUGCUUAGUGCAAUCACACAUGGAAAUCAUUUCAUACCAGUCACAAAAUCAGUCGCACUAUAAACAACAAAGGAUAGAUACACUGUAUCACAUCAUACUGUUGUGAUGUACUACAUGCAUGACAUGUGUGAAUUUACUGUUGAAACUAUGCAUGUUUGGACUAACCUUUUAACGGGGUCUGUGUGAUAGGUCAUAUACAUUUAUCAGAGGAUGGACUCUUAACCUGUGGCAUAGACAUUACUUGUUGCAUACUUUUUGUUUUGGACAACAAAUAUAAAAUGUCAUUGGAAAAUGGAGUACAAGAGGACAAUCUGUUCAGUUGUAGGUAGCAUUCUGUCAGUCAUGUCACAGAACUGUAAGAAAGGCGUGGACAAAAUCUGUGUGGUUGGCCAGGAGUUUAAGUGGUAUGGAUGGGAAGAUUUAUUGUAGAGGACAGAUGGACUACGCCCCCUGAUCACAGCUCACAAAUAUUAUCAUACAUCUUAAGUUUAUAUUCUCUUCCAAAUUGAAAGAAGAGAAAAGAUGUAGCUUUUCUUGAUCAGCCAGGUGCCUGUUUUACUAAGCUUUUACCUGGCGUAAUUGUUAUGACAACAUAAAGUGAAGGUAUUCAUGUGCAUGACCAUGGUAAUGCACUUAGCAUAGUCUUGCGACAAUUUGUAAACCUCGACUAAACUAUGAGGAUAAUGAUUUGCUUGUCAGACAUCGGGCCAAGGGCAGUGGUUUGUUUUGGGCAUUAAUAAUAACGAAAAAGUUACUUUUUCUCUGCAUGCACGCAGAAUAUCAGCAUUUUUUUUUUCUGUCCAUUCAGGGUCGAUAUCAUCUUUGUAAUGUUAAGGUUGACAUGGUAAUUCUGUCGUAUGGUGUGGCGGCACUUUUAGUUCCAUCGUUGUCAGCUUGUGCUGGGAUGGAUAUCGUGUCCAUGUCACUGUUGGCGAGGUGUUUAAAUCUGUGAAUUCCAUUAAACUUCAGAGGAAAUUAUAUUAAGGUUUAAAAAUGAAAAGCUUUUUUGUAGUAGGUUAUAUUCUCUAUUAAGACAAAUUAUACUAUUUGUAGGUUUGUACAUAUUGUAAAUAUGUGUACAAAUUUUGUUUUUAUCUUUACUUCACAUUGUACUACAAUGUUCUGGAUUUCAUUACAUUUUCUUUCAGAAGAGAGGAAAUUUUUUGUUGCGUUUGCUUUGUCUCACUGCCAAUAUAGCACAUACAGUUUCUGUAUGAAGCCCAUCUGCUCAGUUCAUAAACCUUUAUUUUGUUCCACAAAGCCAUUUUAGCCAUGAAAACACUCACAAUGUGAAUGGACUUGUGUUCUUCACAAAGAACAGCUUUUCAGACAGUGAUGCAAGGUUUGACUGAAAUUUUGAUGGAAAAAUCAUACAACUUUUGGGUGUUUGUUUUAUUCUGAAAAAAAUGCUUAUUUAUA